CAGUGACUGUGGCUGAGGACCUGACGUGUUUACUGCCGGCAGUCAUAAAGUGAGUGACUGCCGAACAGAGGCGAUGGGCAGCGGAUCUGGAGGACAGCGCUCCGUCUUCCUGCGGCUCCUCUUUGUCCCUCAGUAUCGCGCCUCCAGGGGUCGCCUUGGCAACAUGUUUUACUACUGGCAGCCAUAUAAAUGCUGCGCUGGCCCUUGUAAACUGGAAAAAGCUGUGCAGAGUGACGCUCGGUGCCAAAGACAUAGCAAACAAGGGGGCUUCAGGAGCAACACAAGGAAAUCUCAGCAUGGAUCAUGAUCUAAAUGCACAAACGGAGGAAGCUCCUCCUGGCACAAGGAGUGAAGACGAUCUCCUCAACACGCUGGUUGAAGCUGGUCAGGAGCUGGAAGCCGUCAGGGUCAAGCGCCAUUCGAGCAGAGCACUCGGCCCAGCAGGCGAUGGCGAGGAGGAUGAGGAGGGAGGACGGAGCCCUGACGAAGAGCAGGCCGAGCGCGGGCGCAGGAAGGGCGUCCUGAGGGCGCUGAGGGACCUGAGUGUUCGUCAUUCAGAGAGAGUGGCGGCGUGGAGAGAAGUCUGUGUGUUCCACGGGUCUCCACCAGGGGGCAGAGCCUCACAGCCAGGCUCCUCGGCCGGAGCAGAAAGUCACUGCUUCAGCGAUACUUUGAAAAGCGUUGGUGAAGACUCGCUCAUCGUUCUGGACACACUGAGGGCCAUCGUCACGAAGCUGGACGCAGAAAUCCUCCGCUCGUGUGCAGAGGAGGCCUCGACUGACGACGGCCCACCGAGCACCCGCGAUGAUCGGGACCCCGACUCCACAGCCGAGGACGGAGGCGAGGAGGGCCGUACGUCGGGCUGCAGCCACGUGGAGGAAAGCGGGGAACAAUUAGACGCUGAAUGUGAAGCGAAUCCGGAAGAGGGGUCGCGCGUGGAUUUGCAGGAAAAGGAGACGAGGACGGAAAAUGACACGAGCAAAGAGGAAACGAAGACUGAAUGGAUCACCGUGGGAGCGGAGGACAGCCGGUCACAGCUGCUGGAAGCCUCCUUCAUCCGGGCGCCUCUAGGAGUGGCUGCAGCCCUGAGGUGCGAGUCGGCCGACGCCCUCAGCGGCCUCAUGGUGAGCGGCUCCGAGGAGCUGGUCAGCAGGGUGGUCCGGGUGGAGGUCCAGCAGGGGGCCAGCCUGCGCUUCCCCGUCACCGUGGCGGUGCCCUUCCGAGCGCGUUACCGUAGCAACUACAGGGACGUGGCCGUGAAGAUAGUGGACGGAGCGGGGAGGACGAGCUACGUGAGCCCGGUGGUAGCGGAGGAGGCGUGGGGGGGGCAGAGGGGGACGCUGGCGGAGGUGAGGGUCUACUCCCUGGGCGUGUUUGCAGUCGUUUCCUGCCUGAAACGAGAGCGCUACAGCGUUCCCAGCAGGGGGUUGUCCCUCAAGCUGUCCACGGACCCUCGCGUGUCCCUCAGCUACCUCCCAGGAUCCUUCACCGCCCCAGUAAUGGCGCAGGUCAUGGUGCAGCCGGUGGACGCCAUCCUCUUGGCGGCGGUCAGGUCCCGGAGCGACGGCCACCGCUCGGUGGUGUCCACCAGCCCGCUGCUCCACCUCACCCACCCGACAUCGCAGCCCCUGAGACGACCCCUGAGUGUGACGCUCCCCUGCCCCCCCAACCCCGAAAGGAAGAAGGACCCAAGGGGACCAAGGGAGGAGAAGGAACACCAGCACACUUCCACCAGAGGAUCUGCUCCACCUCAGGAUGGAGGCGAUUCCCACAAAGUCAGGAUUGUACAGGCCUCUAAGGAGACGUCCAGUGAGCUGCUGGUUGCUCUAGGCUCAAAAGACAAACACUGGAACGUCCUGGAGAAGGUUCAUGUCAGGAACCAGCAGAACGGACUGGUGUCACUGGAGCUGACGGAGAGCGUCGACAGGCUGCUGGUGGCUCGCCUCCUCCCCCCGCUGCAGCCCGGUCUCGCCGCCUCCUUCGCCCUGGAGCUGGAGCGGGCCGCGUGCAGCCACGCGGUGGCCGUGGUGCUGGGCCGGCGGGGGGACGACCCCCGCGGGGUCCUGGUGGCCGCGCUGCCCAGCAGGGAGCUCGGCUGGGAGCGGAACAGGCUGCGGGCGCAGGGCUACGGCGAGCUGCUGGAGGCCUCCCCAGAGGUCUCCAUGUGCGAAGGGGACCAGCUGCUGCUGCGCUUCAGCGGCAACGUCGCCUCCGCAGAGGCAGGAAGCGGAACCCAGCGUGUGGAGUGCGUCACCUUUCACUCCCAGCGCAGGAACCACCUCCUGGUUCAGCUCACUGAAGUGGACCCGUUCGGGAACUACAGCUCUCCCCACUACAAGGGAACGCUCCUGUUCUUCAAGGUCGCCAGAGGUCAGCUGCUGUGGAGCAGCGACGGAGCGUUCCCCGUCAACACUGCGCCGCCGGACGCAGAUCCCGUCUGUAAGCUGCCUCUGACUUUACCCAAGAAAGCAAGAAACAUUAACCGGCCGAUCGCAGCUAAGGUGAAGUUAUGCGGGGAGUCAGACUCCCUGCCAGACGCUCUUCUUCUCUGGUUGUCCGCGGAGCUCUCGGAAGACGACCUGGCGCCGCUGGCCGCCUCCCUGCGCCUCCGACGCGGCGCCGCCCAGCUGGUCAAGCUCAGGGCCGGGAGCAGCCUCUCCGCUCACGCCUUCCACGUGCUCGCCAUGUGGAGGCGAGGGCUGCCCGCCGCGCCCGCCCAGCCCAAGGCCGCUCAGCUGGCGCAGGGCCUGGCCAGGAGCGGCAGGCCGGACCUGGCCAGGGAGCUGCUGCAGCGGCAGGCGGCGGCCGCCGGGCGGCGCCCUCUGCAGCACGGAGCGAAGGAGCGCUAGUCCAGCUGCACGCAGGGUGACGUUUACGCCACCAGAGGGCAGCGUUGGACCGCGGGAGGCUGCCCUCUCUAGCUAGGAGUAGGAAACGCUGCUUAGUAGUUCAGUGGAAAACUAGAAAGUAGGAACAACGCAACAACACGGGCGCCAGCGUUCAUCAGACGUCAUUCUGCUUAAUAAAGGCUCCAAACUUUC